AUGGAAAAUAGAAAUAAUGUCACUGUGUUUAUUCUCUUGGGAUUUUCUCAAAACCAGAACAUUGAAGUCCUCUGCUUUGUGUUAUUUUUAUUUUGCUACAUUGCUAUCUGGAUGGGAAAUGUGCUCAUAAUGAUUUCUAUCACGUACACUCAGCUAAUUAACCAACCCAUGUAUUUCCUCCUCAAUUAUCUCUCACUCUCUGAUCUUUGCUACACAUCCACAGUGACUCCCAGACUAAUGACUGAUUUACUGGCAGAAAGGAAGACCAUUUCCUAUAACAACUGCAUGAUACAGCUCUUUACCACUCAUUUCUUUGGAGGCACUGAGAUCUUCAUUCUCACAGGGAUGGCCUAUGACCGCUACGUGGCCAUCUGCAAGCCCCUGCACUACGCUGUCAUCAUGAGCAGGCAGAGGUGUAACACAAUCAUCAUGGCUUGUUGUACUGGGGGAUUUAUACACUCUGUCAGUCAGUUUCUUCUCACUAUCUUCUUACCAUUCUCUGGCCCCAAUGAGAUAGACCACUACUUCUGUGAUGUCUAUCCUUUGCUGAAGUUGGCUUGCACUGAUACAUACAGAAUUGGUCUCUUGGUAAUUUUUAAUUCAGGUCUGAUUGCUUUGGCAACUUUUGNAGUCCUAGAAUUAAUAUGGAAUGAUAUGAGAACAUAA